AUGGGAUCUUCAAAGAUUGAGAUUCUCGAUCAAGGUGUCGGUUAUGGCAUGCUUGUUGGUUGCGGUGGUUUCUUUGCAGUAAUGAUUCUGUUUGUUGUUCGACUGACUCACAGAUAUCUCAACGAGAAUGAAAACUCCACUGAAAACUUUAUGGUUGCUGGUAGAAAAGUUGGCGUUGGGCUCACGAGUUGUGCUGUGCUCUCCAGUUGGUUAUGGGCUACUGAACUAAUCCUAUCGGCUCAGAUGGUUUACAGCUAUGGUAUCUGUGCUGGUUACUUGUAUGCUGCUACUCUUUCUGUACAGAUUGCAGUUCUAUCUGCUGUUGGAGCUGAGUCGAAGAAGAAGAUUCCUAAUGCCCAUACCUCUCUUGAAGUUAUCAAGCUGAGAUACGGUACUAGUGCACACGUUCUCUUCAUAUUUCUGUCGUUGGUUACAAACAUCUUAUCAUGUUCUUCGAUGAUUCUUGGUGCAUCUUCUGUCUUUAUGGCAUUGUGUGGAUUGCACCCAGUUGCAGCAAAUUUACUCAUCACCUUUGGUGUGCUUCUAUACACAGUUAUUGGAGGAUUGAAAUCCACUUUCCUGACUGAUUAUAUCCACACUUUUAUUGCAUUGAUUAUCUUCAUGUAUAUUGCAACUGUUGGAGUAACCAACGACAAAGUCGGAAGCAUUGGCAAGUUGUACGACUUGGUUGUUGAGUAUCAGGAGACAUCGGGCUUGUACAUUAAGGGUAACUACAAAGGCUCGCUCUUAACAAUGAAGUCUAAAGGGUCAUGGUAUUUUGGUUUGAUUCAUAACAUUGGUGAUAUUGGCUUGACUGUUAUGGAUUCGAGUUUUUGGCAAAAGGCGUAUAGUGCAGAUGUCACCGCAACGGUCCCAGCUUAUAUCAUUGGCUCUCUUGGUGUUUACUCUCUGAGUUUCCCCAUUGGCACCAUUUGGGGUCUGUUGAACAGAGUAUUUGAAAACAGGCCUGAGUUUCCACUCUAUCCAGACGGAAUGAGCAAAAUGGAUAUUAACAAUGCGUACGGCUUGUUCUAUACCAUGUACGCUCUGCUCGGUAAAGGUGCUGUUGGUGCUGGUCUCUUUAGCAUCUUCCUUGCUGUAACCUCCACUGUGAGUGCACAGACUAUUAGUGUAUCUUCUAUCCUUUCCUUCGAUAUCUACAGAGCAUACAUCAACCCUGAUGCUGGCAACAGUGAAUUGAUUCGAGUCUCCCAUUUUGGCGUUGUUUUCUUUGGCUUCUUUGCUGCUGGCUUCAGUAUCAUGUUGCACUAUGCCGACAUUUCCGUAACAUGGCUGGCGUAUUUCAAGUCCAUGCUUACCUGUCCAGGUGUUAUUCCAUUGAUUUGUUCUAUUACCUGGACGAGGCAGAGUAAAGCUGCUGUCCUGAUCAGUCCCGUUGUGACAAUCUGUGCUGGUCUUGGAGUUUGGAUGGGUGUGGCCAAGCACAUGUACGGUGCUGUCAACAUUGACACGACAAUAAAGCAAUUGCCAUGUCUCUACGGUGGCAUAACUGCGUUGUUCCUUCCUGGCUUCCUUACAGUGAUUAUUUCUUUCCUUAGACCUUCUGAGCCGUUUGACUGGGAAGUUCUCAAGCAGGCCAAGCUACUGGUUGAAGAAGACGAUGGAAAUGAAGUAUUUGCAGUGGAUAAGGACUCCUCUUCUGUUGAACUUCAGAACAUCACCACAAAUGAUGUUAAUGUUGAGAAGGGUUUAACCUCUGAGGUUGUAGAAGCACAGCCUCAAAUCUAUAGAAAUGGACUCACAAAGGAGCAGUACGAGCAAAAGUGUAACAGCUAUAUCAAAUGGGCCUGGAUCUAUGCUAUCUUCAAUCUUCUCGUCACACAGGUGCUCUGGCCAUUACCCUUGUACAGAGAUUAUGUCUUUACUAAACCAUUCUUCAAAGGAUGGGUCGUUAUAUCCAUAAUGACCACCUACGCUACGUUCAUUGCCGUUGGCAUUUAUCCAUUAUGGGACGGUAGACACAGUCUUUUGAAAGUGUUUCGUGGUAUUAGGCAGGAUUUCAAGCAGGGGAACUGGAAGAUCUGGCGAAAAGAAAAGGAAUAA